GUCCCUUCCCCCUCCUCCUCCUCUCCCUAUUAUGAAAUGAAUGACAGAGAUGGUGUGAUCUGAGCUGUUAAAUUAGGACAUGCCCCCCUCUUUUUUGCCUCUUCAGGAUGGGCUCCUGCUUCCGUUCUUGACCAGAAGGUUUCAAAGCAUCUAAUCGUUUCUAUCAAACCUCUUGUUUAUUGUUGUCUUGCACGAUGCUGGAAUAAUACUGGAGAAGGGAAUGAUGUUGUAUUGGAAUACAAGCCACCCUCUCUGCUUCAUGCUGACUGUUGGGAAAAUGACUGUUUCCUCUUUUUGUUUGAGAUGUGGGUGUGAAACUGGGGAUCAAAAGUCUCCCUGUACUGCCUUUCCUCUGAGCUCCAGAUGAAGCGGAGAUUCUACAAACAAGAAAGCCUAAGGAGGGAGAGCGGCAGGAGGAGUUGGCAUUUAACUGCAGAGCUUCAAGUCUUCCCAUCCAUAGGUGGCCCAGCGCCAACAUUUUAAAGGUCCUGAUCUCCUUUUCCUGCCUUUAGACACAAAGAUAUUUAUGAGCCGCCAUUUCUUACAUUACUGCAGUGAGCCUACUCUGGAUGUGAAGAUUGCCUUUUGUCAGGGAUUUGGGAAACAAGUGGAUGUGUCAUAUAUUGCCAAAUACUACAACAUGAGUAAAAGCAAAGUUGACAACCAGUUCUACAGUGUGGAAGUAGGUGACUCGACCUUCACAGUUCUCAAACGCUACCAGAACUUAAAACCAAUCGGCUCUGGAGCUCAGGGAAUAGUUUGUGCUGCAUAUGAUGCUGUACUGGACAGAAAUGUGGCUAUCAAGAAGCUCAGCAGGCCAUUUCAAAAUCAGACACAUGCUAAGCGGGCGUAUAGGGAGCUAGUUCUCAUGAAGUGUGUGAAUCACAAAAAUAUUAUCAGUUUAUUAAAUGUCUUUACACCACAGAAAUCUCUGGAGGAGUUCCAGGAUGUUUAUUUAGUAAUGGAGUUGAUGGAUGCCAAUUUGUGCCAGGUGAUUCAAAUGGAAUUAGAUCACGAGAGAAUGUCUUACCUGCUCUAUCAGAUGCUGUGUGGUAUCAAACACCUUCACUCUGCAGGAAUCAUUCACAGGGAUUUAAAACCAAGUAAUAUUGUGGUAAAAUCGGACUGUACGUUGAAGAUCCUGGAUUUUGGACUGGCCAGGACUGCAGGCACUAGCUUCAUGAUGACACCCUAUGUGGUCACACGCUAUUACAGAGCACCAGAAGUCAUCCUGGGAAUGGGCUACAAGGAGAAUGUGGAUAUAUGGUCAGUAGGAUGCAUUAUGGGAGAAAUGGUGCGCCAUAAAAUCCUCUUUCCAGGAAGGGACUAUAUUGACCAGUGGAAUAAGGUAAUUGAACAGCUGGGAACUCCCUGUCCAGAAUUCAUGAAGAAACUCCAGCCCACAGUGCGGAACUACGUGGAAAACCGGCCUAAAUACGCUGGCCUAACUUUCCCUAAACUUUUUCCAGACUCUCUUUUUCCAGCUGAUUCAGAACACAACAAACUCAAAGCUAGCCAAGCUAGAGACCUUUUAUCAAAGAUGCUAGUGAUUGACCCAGCCAAACGGAUAUCAGUGGAUGAAGCCUUACAACAUCCGUAUAUCAAUGUCUGGUAUGACCCAGCAGAAGUGGAGGCGCCACCUCCACAGAUCUAUGACAAGCAGUUGGAUGAAAGAGAACACACAAUUGAAGAGUGGAAAGAAUUAAUCUACAAGGAAGUAAUGAAUUCUGAAGAAAAGACUAAAAAUGGUGUAGUAAAAGGACAACCUUCUCCCUCAGGUGCAGCAGUGAACAGCAGCGAAAGCCUCCCUCCCUCCUCAUCUGUCAAUGACAUUUCCUCCAUGUCCACAGACCAGACCCUGGCAUCGGACACUGACAGCAGUUUGGAAGCUUCUGCAGGACCCCUUGGUUGUUGCAGAUUUUUGGAUGACAUUGCCACGUCCUUUGGAGACUGCAGAAAGUAUAAGAAGGAAUAGGGACUCAUAUCUAGCUUCGGUGUGAGAAGCAGUGCAAGUGAAGAUAUAAGGAGUAUGUUCAUCAGAUAAGUCCACCUGCACCCACCUCCACUGUGUGCAUGAAUGUCUUUUGCUGGCUUGGGCAUAAGAGGUGGGGUUUUAUUAUGCUUGUUUCAAUAAUCAUAUUUACUUAGCCCAAGCUGCUAAUUCAAGUAUCUCUUAGAACAAAUCAGGUGAGUUCUGUCUUGUUGAAGUCAGCAACCUAGUCUCAACUUCACUGGAAUGAGUCUACCCUCAAGGGCAUAACUAUGUUGAUUCUAAGAUAGUAGAGCUUAUUAAAUAACGCUUUCUUUCUGUUGAACAGGGCUAUGCAGUUCUAUUUAGCAAGGAACAUAUUGUAUGUAAAUAUUUGUACCGAUUCCCCCUCCCUUUGUUUUUGUCACUUUCUUGUAACAAACCAUCAUUGUUCCUUCUGUACAUUUCAAAGGCCACUGUAUGCCUCCAUGUGCUACCGCUGGCCAUUUCCUCCGUUGGUAUUCCUCCAGCGAGGAAAAGGCUUAAGGGUUUCAGCUGUAUAUAGAGUCAUUUAUGUAUAUUUAGCAAAUUGAGUGGGACUUCUGGCCAGUAAUAUGUUUUGAAACAAGGAUAUCCCGGAUCUCUGAAUCCAAGUAGCAAAGUCAAACUGUUCACCUUGCCAUGUCCAUCGUGUAAGAUCUAAAUUGCAUUUGCUAUAUUUUUGCACAAUUGGCGUUUCACAUAUAAUUUACAGCAACCAAGAGCAUGACUUUUAGUGUUGAGGGGAAAAAAACACACCAUUUUUUAAAACACCGUUUCUCUCUCUCCAUAUAUAUAUAUAUAUAUUUAUAUAUACUGUAUGGAAGAAAAACAACAACAACACACAAAAAUCCAAAGCCGCUUGUUCAGCAUCAAGACUAGAAGAAGAAGAAGAAAAAGAAGACGAAGAAGACGUGUCCAAUUUAAUUUCCAAGAUCUUAGUUUUGAACUUGAUAAGUCACAAAUAAGUGAUGUGGAUGAACUGACCAAUGUAAAGCUUGAAAAGGAGAUGAACAUCAUUACAUUUUGUUUACUUCUUCAGCCAUUUUACUUUCUACCUUUCAUUGUUUCCUGUGGGUGGUAAGAGGGGGAAAUGGAGGAAUCUUGGCUUUGUUCAUCAACCUUUUGUGGAUCAAUGUUGAGUCAAUGCAUUCUAACUUCUAUUUGUUUUGAGUUAUUAAAAGCAGAAGGGAGUCUAUUUUCCCCUUUGUGCCAAAAAAAAAAAAAAAAUUAAGGAAAAAAAAUUCCUUUUGGAGUCUAAA